CAAUAUUUUUGGUGGUUGUGCCAUCUCUUGUUGUAAACUGGACGCCUGAGUGUAAAUUUAUAAACAUUUCAUAAAAAAAAAUAAACAAAUAAACCAGUGAGCGUCACAAUUUAACAGUUUAAAAUAAAAUGAUGGCACGGCGCGGUGGAAAGCGCAUUCGGAUGGAUGAUCCGCCUCCGGAAUACGAAGAACUCCACAGCGAUGCGUUAAAUGAAAGCACGUCGGAUGCGGAUAGCCCCACCAAGCGUAUGACCCGGCUACGGGCCAGAGGUGGAGUGCGGGAUAAGCCACCCAUUAUUGAUGAUGACGAAGAUGAGUUCUUUGCGCCAGUUGCCCGAAAGCGAAAGACACCAGCCACCCGAAAGCCACCAGCUGAACGGAAGGAGCGAGUGGAACGGCCACGCAAGGAGCCUGUGGAUAAGGGCCACCACGAGCGUAUCGAUCAUGAACGGGAAAUAACCACUGACGAGAACAGCUUGUACUAUAUUGUGCGCCACUCUAAGAAUCCAAUCGCCAGUAUUGUUGACCAAUGGAUUGAGCAGUAUAAGGCUAACCGGGAGACAGCGCUGGUCGCUUUGAUGCAAUUCUUUAUAAAUUCCAGUGGCUGCAAAGGCAAGAUUUCGGAGGACAUCCAAUAUCCAGUAGAUCAUACAGCAAUCAUUAGGCGUAUGACGGAGGAGUUUGACGAGGAAAGCGGCGAAUAUCCAUUGAUCAUGACUGGUACCCAGUGGCGAAAAUUCAAAAACAAUUUUUGCGAUUUUGUACAAAUGCUUGUGAGGCAGUGCCAAUACUCAAUCAUUUAUGAUCAGUUUCUGAUGGACAACGUAAUUUCACUGCUUACGGGACUGUCAGACUCCCAGGUGCGAGCGUUCCGACAUACAGCCACCCUGGCGGCUAUGAAGCUAAUGACGGCACUGGUGGAUGUCGCCCUACUCGUUUCAAACAAUUUCGACAAUGCUGCGAAACAAUUUGAAGCGGAGCGUGUAAAGUCUCGUGAUCGACGCGCCUCUGACCGUUUGGAUUCACUAAUGACUAAACGGUCUGAGUUGGAGGAGAAUAUGGACGAAAUCAAGAGUAUGUUAACCUAUAUGUUCAAAUCUGUGUUUGUGCACCGCUACAGAGACAGUCUGCCCGAUAUUCGUGCAAUUUGCAUGGCUGAAAUCGGGAUUUGGAUGGAAAACUAUCCACAAAACUUUCUUGACGAUUCGUACUUAAAAUACAUCGGCUGGACUCUCCACGAUAAAAUAGGAGAGGUUCGUCUACGAUGUCUCCAGUCAUUGCUACCGUUAUACGAAAAGGAGGAGCUUAAGGGCAAGCUAGAGCUCUUCACCUCAAAGUUUAAGGAUCGUAUUGUAGCCAUGACCCUGGACAAGGAGUUUGAGGUGUCUGUUCAUGCGGUGAAGCUGGUUAUUAGUAUUUUAAAAAUACAUCCUGAGAUAUUGGCUGACAAAGAUUGUGAAAUCGUGUACGAGUUGGUUUACUCUUCCCACCGAGGAGUCGCUCAGGCAGCUGCUGAGUUCUUGAACGUUCGCUUGUUCCAUUUAACUUCUGACAUGGAGGAAACCAAAACUAAGCGUGGAAAAAUACGUCUGCCAAAUACUCCGCUAGUCCGGGAUUUGGUCCAAUUUUUCAUUGAAUCGGAGCUUCACGAGCAUGGCGCUUAUCUUGUCGACUCCUUUAUUGACAGCAAUGAUAUGGUCAAGGACUGGGAAUGUAUGACCGAUUUGCUUUUAGAAGAACCUGGUCCCAAUGAGGAGGUGCUCGACAAUAAACAGGAGUCGACCCUCAUCGAGAUCAUGGUCAGCAGUGUGAAGCAAUCGGCCACUGGAGAAGUGCCCGUCGGACGAGCCAGCAAUAGAAAAUUCACUCUCAGUGCAAAAGAAGUUAAGGCCAUUCAGGACGAGAAGACCAAGCUGACCGAGCACUUUAUUGUCACGCUGCCUUCGCUGCUGGAAAAGUAUCAAGCUGACAGCGAAAAGUUGGCCAACUUGCUGGCAGUUCCCCAGUAUUUCGACCUCAAUCUAUACACGACUAAUCGUCAAGAGGGAAAUCUUCAGUCCCUCCUCGAUAAGAUCAAUCAGGUUAUGAGCAUGCACACGGGGCGGGAAGUCCUCGAAACGUGCGCCAAGACGCUAGAGUGCCUCUGUGCCGAGGGUAGUGCCACCUACACAAGGUGCAACAUAGCCAGAUCCAAUAUUAUCGAGAGUGCGGUUAAUAAAUAUAAGGACGCGAUCGAGGAGUGGCGGAACCUAAUACAAGGCGAGGAAACUCCCAACGAAGAUGACAUCUAUAACAUUACGAUCACCCUAAAAGUGCUCUCCAUAUUGUACUCCUCGCACAACCUCAAUCCUUGGUACCUAUUCAAGACCCUCUUCCAGGACGUUGAGGAAGCUCAGUCCAAGGAGAACGUGGAUCGCUGUUUACCAAACGAAGCACUGGCCUAUUGCAUAGAGGCCUGCUAUUUUUCUAUAAGCUGGGGUCUUCACUACGUGGAGAAUGACUGCGAAGCGCUUAAUGUGACCGAAGUGGUAACCGAAUUGCGGGGUAACCUGGAUACUUUCAUGUCAGCUUGCUUUGAGCUCACCCGAGAUGGUCCAACAGUGCAAAUACAAGAAGCGGCUUAUCAGUCUAUUUGCGACUUGUUGAUUAUUUUCUCCGAGAAAUUGUCGCGCAGCGAAAUCGAACACAUCCGCGGCUUGGUAUACAAGUCUCGAAUGGAUGAGCACUUGAUCUUGGACAACUUUGUGCAACAUUACGUCUUCUCUCUGAAGCAAGACGUUGUCCAAGACGAAACGCGCAUAGAAGAGCUUCAUAAGAAGCGAAACUUUUUGGCCUGCUAUUGCAAAUUAGUAGUUUACAAUAUUAUACCAACAAUGCGAGCAGCGAGCAUUUUUAAAUAUUAUGUCAAGUGCUACAACGAUUAUGGGGAUAUUAUUAAAGCCACAUUGGGCAAGGCACGCGAGAUCAACAAAGUCAAUUUUGCCAUGACGCUGCUCCUAAGUUUGAUAACCGUUUUCAAGAGUCUGCAGGAACAGAGUGACGGUGGAAUGGUUUCAAAGAGUUCCCAGGAAUUUGUAGAUCUCAAGGAGUUGGCGAAACGAUUCGCCCUCACAUUUGGCUUCGACGCGAUCAAGAAUCGUGAGUCCGUGGCCGCCAUACAUCGCGGCGGAAUCUAUUUUGCUGCCAACAAGCAGCCGGAUGAUCCUGUGCGAGCACCCACACGUAUUCUAUUCCUGGAGGUGCUCAACGAGUUCAACCACAAACUUCUUAAACAGGACAAGAAAGUAAUUAUGGCAUUCCUGGACAAGAUCAUUCCACCUGGGAUGCCAUCAAGCAGAGCAGAGGAAUGGCAACCCCUCGUCAUGUAUCGCAAUUCACUUCUUCACGGGGAAACGGAUCAGGCGCCGGUCGCCAGCAAGCGAGCUUACACCCGAAAACGACGGGAUCAUGAUGAAGAAGACGAGGAAGAAGAGGAUGAUGAGGAGCACAAUGAUCCCGAUUACAGGGGCUAGGACCCUUUUGUUUAAGUUCAGAACCUAAUAUUUGUGACGAUCAAGUAGUUUUAAGCUUUAAGGUUAAAUGUAAAAAGCGUCCAGUUCGUUUAUAAUUCAAUCUACUAUUCUAAUCUCUACUGGUAAUCAUAUUAAAGUUCGAUUUGAUUAGUAAUA